CCCUCCCCGGAAGUGGGUGGUGGAGUCGCCGUCACCACACUAGUCAGACCACCAUCGACACAGAGUCUGCUGGGAUGAAGCUAGGCACCGGAGAACCACAGGGAUUGAUCCGGUUCUGAGGCCGAACGCCGUCCUGGUGAUCACGCGGUGAAGCGAUCGGAUUGUUUAAAGGAGAAGGAAAGAAAACCCUGAACAUCGCCAACAUGAUGGAGGAAAUAGACAGAUUCCAGGUACCGAGCGCGGUGCAGGAGGCAGAGAUGCAGUCCGAGAUGCAGCCGCUGGACCCGGCUUCUUCUACUGCCUCAGAGGCAGAGUCCGACACCAGAGAAGGAGAAGCUGUUACUAUCAACUAUAAGCCCUCACCCCUCCAGAUGAAAAUAGACAAACAAAGAGACCUGGCCAGGAAGGGCUCGUUAAAGAACAACAACACUGUAGGUAGUCCGGUUAACCAGCAGCCCAAGAAGAACAACGUCAUGGCCAGAACACGGUUGGUAGUACCCAAUAAAGGUUAUUCAUCUUUAGACCAGAGCCCAGACGAAAAGCCCCUGGUGGCCUUAGAUACCGACAGUGACGAUGAUUUCGACAUGUCUAGAUACUCGUCGUCUGGAUAUUCUUCUGCAGAGCAAAUCAAUCAGGAUCUGAACAUCCAGCUGCUGAAAGACGGCUACCGCCUCGACGAGAUCCCAGACGACGAGGACCUGGAUCUGAUCCCGCCCAAAUCAGUCAACCCGACCUGCAUGUGUUGCCAGGCGACCUCCUCCACGACCUGCCAAAUCCAGUAACCCCCACCACUAAGCCCAUCAAAACCGCUGGCCCCCUUAUCCCUCACAAACUUAAACCCGCUGUCUUCAUCUGCUGUGAGUUUACUUCGCCACCAGAGUGGCAAAAUGUGAGGCAUUUAUAGAAUAUUGUCAUGACAGUAAAGUGCUAUGAUGAUUAGGUAAAUAAUCACACUAACAAAUAAAAACUUUGGUACAAAACCUUGAACAUAGAGGAAAGUAAUGGUAAAAGCAGUAAAGUGGUGGAUUCCUCCUAUGGCUGGAGACGCACUUCUGUUUAAGAGCCGCCUCCCCCUGGCGGACGUAACUGGACCCUGAUAUUAGUUUACAGACAUGAAAAGGUCAGCUGCUGCUGUGAAGUGGUUUCCAUUUCCCUGACUGGUAACAAACAUGAUCAUAACUGCUGACUCAACUCUUCUGCUCUGGUUUGCCUUGUUUUAAUAUAUUUUUUUCUCCUUUUGUUUUAAUGUAUUAACUAUGAGAUCAACGAGCCUGUACCCAGUAACGAGAAAUAUUGAAUCCCCCUGGUACUGUAUCCAUUUACCGUACAAGGUUGCUAUGUAGCACAGGUCAGAUCUUUGAACACUUUAAACACUGCGACAUUUCUGCAUUUUCUGCGACGCUGGAGUGAAAUGUUAAACCACAGAGUUGAUGGAUGAAUGUGUAAACAUGAACGGCUGUAGUACAAACUGCAUGAAGGCCACCAGAGUGCAAAGUAUGGAGGAAUAUAUAAAAGCACGUAGCUUUUGCCUAUUUAAUUUUCUGUUGUGCGGUCACCUGCUGCUGUUGUGGCACAAGCUUGAUUUUUGAAUUUCUUUCACUUUGCACUUUUUAUUUGAGAUUUUAUGGGUUCAUAUCACUCUUUCCUGCACCACAAGUGAACGUGACGCACCUGAAACGAUCCGUUUUCGUUUAUUGCUCUGAUUUCUACUGUGCCUUGCAAGAUUAUUUACACCUCUUGGGCUUGAGCACAUUUUGCUGUCAGACGUAACUGUGCUUUAUUGGAAUUUAAUGUAAAGCACCAACACAAAGUAGAUCAUAAUUGUGAAGGAGAAGGAAAAGGACACAUGGUUUUCAUAAUUUCUGACAAAUAAUAUGAAGAAUGUGGUAUGCAUGCAGUAAUAUUCUUACAGUUACAGCAGCAAAUCUUUUACUUUAUGUCUCGCAGCUGUCCUAUCUACUGAUUCUGAAAUUUGAGUUGUGGAUCCUUGCAGCUCCUCUUGAUGUACCAAGGGACUUUAUGCCUGUCCCUUUAAAUAAAGUUGUCGUUGUCUAGUCUGUCAGCUUAGGUCUACAGACGGUAAAUGGCAAAAAACUUAUUUUCUCACCAAAUCCUGCUGUAAACUUCUCCACAAAUUGAUCCCUAACCGUUCCCGGUACGUUCCUUUAUUUUCAAGAUACUAAUGACACUAAUGUGAUUUUAGCAAACCAUUGAAGUUUUCACAGAGCGGUACGAUGCACACAGGUGGAAACCAUAUACUAUUUGCACCGGUUUUUAUUCAAAUGCACACCUCUAUUUUAAGAAAUAUGUUUUAUUUUCCUUCCAUUUCACAAAAAUAUAAUACUUUGUGUUGAUCUACCACAUUAAAAUCAAGUAAUAUAUGUUGAUGUUUGUGGCUAUAAGUUGACAUAAAAAAAGAGUAAAAAUUGAGCAUAAAUACUUUUGCAAGGUAUGCUAUGAAGGCCAAAGGAACAAAAGUCCAGAUAGAUUUUUUCCGUUCUCGGUUUGUUGCGUUAGUGCUUCUCAUUUAUCACCCUUGUCACAGAGUGUGACAAAUGCUAGACGCUGCUAAUCCUUAAGGAAAACACAGGUCCGGUUUAAAAGGACGCUCCCUGUUCUCUCACACAUGCAUGACCAGAACAUUAGGCGAAACAACUCCAAACCUUCCUUUGACUUGUAGUUUAGAAACCAUUUUGUUAUCCCAUCGUCAAGGACGUCACUGACUUGGAGCAGAAUCCCACCAUUUACAACCCACUCCCUUCUCUGAUUCAGUUGUUUAAUGCAAUUAGAUUAUGCCUUAAGGACAGAGAAGUUUAAAAAGCUGUGUGUAUAUUUAUUGCCAUUAUCUUUGGUUUAUUUGAGGAAGGAAGAUUUUUUUUAACAUGUAGAUCUUUUCUUUGAGUUUCCUCUUUUUUAAAUGACUUUUAUGUAUUGUAAACAGUUCCAUUACAGUAUUUACCAAUGUUAUUGUCAUGUGCAGUGUAUGAAGGUGAUUAAUAAACAAAAAGCAAAUGGAAAACCGUGUGCUCAGAGUUACAGUUUGACUGGCUCUCUGAACUCGUGCCUGUAAAUAUGUGUGCGAUAAGACAAAAAAUGAGUGACAGGUAAAUAUUUAAAAGGAAAUAAAAAGCUAUUUUAAUGAUAAAGUUGAGGAUUAAAUACACAGUGGUGUGUAUUGCAAUAGCAUGAGGUUUGGACGGACAGUUCCUGAUUACAGUAGCAUCAGAAAAAAACGGGUUUUCCACCAGAAAGGCACCAGCAUCUAAUCACAGUCACAGACAAAAGAAAACAGGAAUUCACUCGGCAAACAUAUGUAAUGUGUGGGAACAAAUACAAAAAUUAAGCUAAGGAAAGUAGUGAUUUAAUAAGACCUCUCACUUUGUUAAUAGUAAUAUUAUAAAAGAUAACCAGACAAGCAAAAAGAAACACAUGCUACAUGAUGGAAUACAAUCGCUCUCAAAAAAGUAGUAAUGGAGGCAGUCCUCAAAGUGCUACGACAAACAAUAACGAUAAAAGAAAAAAACUGAUAUUUUUGAGGAUUUUGGAAAAUGUUGUGCUUCCAUCUCACCACACGGGGGCAGGAGGAGGGUAUGAUAUUCAGGCAAGACCAAAAUAUGACAUGAUUCACUUACAAAACACAGCUUACACACAAAAUAAUGUAAAGUUUUCAAUGUACAGCCACUGGCACAGUUGGUAUUGGAGACAGUCACUGAUCUGUUGAUCAGUAAAGUGUUUCUGAGAAAAAUGCAACAUGAAGAAUAUGAAACGAGUCCAUUCAAGGGGUCAUCCCCCCCAACCUUCCCAGAGAUUAUAACGUCGACAUUCUCCUCUGCUACAAAGGCACGCACUUCCACUGAAUACAAACCUGGAAAAUGAAAACGAGCAACUUUUUUUUUUUUUAUUUU